UGGAAGCUGAAUCAAAACCGUACGAUGCUUUUGAUCUUUAUGAAAUCUCAUAAUCCUACCAAUUCAGAAUCAGAGAGGAACGAAGCUGGGAAGAAGGAGUAGAAGAAAACCCACACUCUCUGCACAUGCGCCAUUCUCGCUAGGGUUUAUUCAUCCAUGGCGCUAAACGUUCUCUCUCUCUUCUUCCUCCUAUUCACCUUUCACCUUCCCUCCUGCUUCUCUGGACAAUCCAGCUCCAUGGAAUCAGUUCCCGAUCUUCAGAACACCAUGUACGCUGCCGUCGAUGGUUAUCCUUGUGUGCGGCUGCUGAAUCUCUCUGGAAGCAUCGGUUGUUCAAAUCCUGGACGAGAUAAGGUUGUGGCUCCAAUUGUAAGGUUUGAAAAUGUUGACAAACUAGCAGAGCCAUCUGCUAUAUUGGUGUCACUCGAUGAAUUUCCAACUCUCUUUACUAGAAUAUCAGAUGACUCUAGCAUUGCUAGUAAAGUUGGCGGUGUACUCGUUGAACCAAGAAUUGAUUUGCAGAAUAACUUAAAGGGAUUCUCUCCGGAUCAGAAGUUUCCGCAAGCUCAAUUCGCUCCUUACUAUAAUACCAGCUAUGAAUGGAAUCCAAUUGGUUCUGGUAUUAUGUGGAAAUCCUACGGUUUUCCUGUAUUUUUACUCACAGAAAGUGGCUCAAAGACUCUUCAAGAGUUUGUAGCAAAGAAUGAGGACAAAAAGAAAGCUUAUACUUCUAAGGUGGCUGAGUUUGAUCUGGUGAUGCAGACAGUGAAAUCUGGAACACAUGAUUCAGAGUCUUGUUUAAAAGAAGCAACUUGCCUUCCUUUAGGUGGAUACAGUGUCUGGUCAUCUCUUCCUCCGAUCAACAUUUCAUCAUUACAACAGCCUAAGCCCAUUUUAUUGACAGUGGCAUCUAUGGAUUCUGCUUCAUUUUUUCGGGACAAAAGCCUUGGUGCAGACUCCCCUAUUUCUGGUUUAAUUGCUUUACUGGCAGCUGUUGAUGCGCUUUCUUAUGUGGAUGGUCUUGGUGACCUUAGUAAACAGCUUGUUUUUGCAGUUUUCACUGGAGAGGCAUGGGGUUACCUUGGAAGUAGGAGAUUCUUGGAAGAACUUGACAUGCACUCAGAUGCUGUUCGUGGCCUUAAUCAUACAUUAAUAGAAACGGUCAUUGAAAUUGGUUCUGUUGGAAAGGGUCUCAGUCAAGGUGUUAAAAACUUUUUUGCUCAUACAGAAGGGGAUUCUUCUGCCACAAAUCAGACAUUGGUUGCCUUGAAACGUGCACAGGAGUCGCUGCCAUCUGAAAACAUAAAGAUAGCUUCUGCAAGUGCCUCAAAUCCUGGGAUACCUCCAUCCUCUUUAAUGACAUUUUUGGAAAAGAAUCCUUCAAUCUCUGGUCUUGUCCUUGAAGAUUUUGACUCUGCCUUUGUCAACAAGUUCUACCAUAGUCAUCUUGAUGAUUUAUCAAAUGUAAAUUCAUCAGCUGUAGUUGCUGCUGCUUCUCUUAUUGCCCGAACCCUUUACAUGCUUGCUAGUGAAAUUGAAGAUGUACAAGAUUCAACUUUGGCUUCUAUAAAUGUUAAUGCCUCCCUUGUUAAACAACUUAUGGGUUGCUUGUUGGACUGUGAUCCUGGUCUUUCUUGCGAAUUGGUGAAGAAAUAUAUUUCACCCAUGUCAUCCUGUCCAAGCCAUUAUGUUGGUGUUAUCUUGGACGAACCUUCUUCUACGCCAUUUACAGGAUACAUCAAUGAUGUUCCCAGGUUCAUCUGGAAUUUUCUGUCUGACAGAACUUCUAUCCCGAGGGAGAAUAACAUCUCAGGUUGUCAACAAGGUUGCAAAGGUAGGGAUGAAGUUUGCAUCAAAGCAGAGGCUGAUGGCAAGGGAGUUUGUGUUCUCUCUACAACGAGGUAUGUUCCAGCAUAUUCAACACGGCUAAAAUUUGAAUCGGGAGUGUGGAAUGUUUUACCCCCUAAUUCCUCUGACAAAAUGGGGGUUGCGGACCCCAUCUGGACAGAGAGCAACUGGAAUUCAAUAGGUAUUCGGGUCUACACAGUCCAAAAUGCUUCUUAUGAUCGUCUUGUUCUGCUUGGGGGAAUCACUCUGACAAUCUUCGCAUACCUUGCAAUAGCAACCGCGAGAGCCAUUUUAUCCAAAGCCAUGAAGAGGGAUUGACAUUUUACUUCCGGAAUCUGACUAGUAAAUUUUGUGAAACUAGGGUAAAACUACGUAGGGGGUUAGGGUCCUUUGAUAGGGAAAUUAUUAGUUUCUGAAGAAUUUCCAAGGAUGUGCAUUAUUUGGGGCCGCAUUCUUGUGCUCAUCUAUUCUAUUUCAGAAAUUUCUCUAUAACGAUCAUUUUUGUCACUUGUAGGUAAGUGUAAGAAAAUAUAAUGAAAAUAGUUAAAAAUUAGCUUUCGCUGUAAAUGCCUAGUCAGUGACUACACGUUUUUUAUUGGUUAAAUACUCGCUGCCGUUAUCA